CUUUUUGUAAUGUUGGUAUUACUCAUGUUGCUAAUGAAUGUUUCUAUGAACUCAUUAAAAAAUAAAUAGUCCAAUUUAAUUGGUCGUAAUUGAGAUCCGUAAUCAAGCCCGGAUUUAGUUUAGCUUAUGAAUUAACGGACUAAACAAUUUAUCGACUAUGGAUGGAAAGGGACCUGAUGUUACGUUUAUAUUUCAAUUUGGUUUAAUAAGGGAUACAAUAACGGCUCCACAAUAUACAAUAAACCUUAAGUCUUUGAAAGACCUUGCCUGUGAUUUUAUUAAUAAUAAGAUUCCGGAUCAUGGCGUUAACAAUUUAGCGGAUCGUCUAUUGUUAUUUAAACACGAAUACAACUCAUCGAAUAUUUUAGAAGUUAUUAAUUCUGCCUCUGAUGUUACGGAUGAAACGAUUGUUGAAAUUAUUCUUUCUGGAAAGUGUAACGCCAAUGUGCCCGACAUAACAAUAGUGCGACCGCACGCUCUUUCUGUUCAUUCCUACAAGACACCAACAUUUUGCGAUUUCUGCGGCGAAAUGCUGUUUGGAUUAGUUCGCCAGGGACUAAAAUGCGAAGGAUGCGGCCAAAAUUACCAUAAACGUUGCGUCGUCAAGGUACCGAAUAAUUGUUCGUACACAUUACUCGGGCAAGGCGGUCCGGAGGAUAAACAGAGAAGGUUCUCUAGCACGUUACAGUUACCGUGCAGUCCCUCGGGCAGUUCGAAUUCGUCCUUAACAUCCGGAAAUUCAGUAUGUACCGAAGAAAGUAAUCUGUCCCACACAAAAUGUCCCUCAUUAGGCGGACGGCCAAUAUGGGUUGAAAAGGAGAUCGCUUCCAGAGUGAGAAUUCCGCACACGUUCGUUUUACAUAGUUAUACGCGCCCUACCGUUUGUCAGUAUUGUAGAAAAUUACUCAAGGGUUUAUUUAAGCAAGGCAUGCAGUGUAAAGAUUGCAGUUACAAUGCUCAUAAAAAGUGUAUAGAGAACAUUCCGAAAGAUUGCACGGGUGAUAUUCCUAAAGAUUAUAAAGGUAAUUACGAGUUUACCGAAAAUGCAGUUGGUUGUGAGGAUAAACACUACAAUUUUCGAAUUUCUGAAGAUGACAGUGAAACUGAGGGAGAAUCUCAAACUCGAUCUAAUGGUGCUGCUACUUACAUAGAUGUCAUGCCUGUUCGUGAUGACGACAACGACUCAAAUCCUUCCAGUAAUUCUUCAUCACCUAGUGCCAAUAUUCCAUUACAACGAAUUGUACAGUCAGUUAAGCAUACUAAACGGAAAAGCACCAAAUCUUUAAAAGAAGGCUGGCUGGUGCAUUUCACAAGUAGAGAUAAAGCGGUUCGUCACCAUUAUUGGAGACUGGAUACAAAGUCCAUAACCCUCUUCAAUAAUGACCAAACCACUAAAUAUUAUAAGGAAAUACCACUUGCUCACAUUCUGGCAAUUGACACUGCAAGACUUAAGAAUGGAGAUGUAAUGCAUUGCUUCGAAAUAAGAACUUUAAAUGUCGACUAUUUUGUUGGGCAAGAUCAAUCGUACGGGCUCGAAGAAAACGCCUCUGUUCCUGUUUCACCCGCCGAGAGUGGUAUUGGUGCUCAUGUUGCCUGUAGUUGGGAGACCACAAUUAGACAAGCGUUGAUGCCUGUAACCGCCAAUAUCCGUUCGCAAGAGAUUGGAGAGCCGGAAGAUCAAAUAACAGACAUGAAUCAAGUCUAUCAAAUUUUUCCAGAUGAGGUUUUGGGAUCGGGUCAAUUUGGUAUUGUUUAUGGUGGAAUUCAUAGGAGAAGUUCUAGGCCGGUGGCCAUAAAGGUGAUAGAUAAAUUACGCUUUCCAACGAAACAAGAGGCGCAGUUAAAAAAUGAGGUAGCCAUUUUACAGAACUUCUCACACCCCGGCGUCGUUAACUUGGAACGUAUGUUCGAAACUCCGGAACGUAUUUUUGUAGUUAUGGAGAAAUUGAAAGGAGACAUGUUGGAAAUGAUUCUUUCUCACGAUAAAGGUCGUUUGGACGAAAGGGUUACCAAAUUCCUAAUCUCACAGAUACUUAUUGCAUUAAAACAUCUGCACAGUAAAAAUAUUGUGCAUUGCGAUUUAAAACCUGAAAAUGUAUUGCUCAGUUCAGAUGCGGAAUUUCCGCAGGUUAAGUUGUGUGAUUUCGGAUUCGCAAGGAUUAUUGGAGAGAAAUCGUUUCGAAGAUCCGUUGUAGGAACACCCGCCUACUUGGCACCUGAGGUUCUUCGUAAUAAAGGUUACAAUAGAUCACUGGACAUGUGGAGUGUUGGGGUGAUUAUUUAUGUAAGUUUAAGCGGCACUUUUCCAUUUAACGAAGACGAAGAUAUUAAUGACCAAAUACAAAAUGCAGCUUUUAUGUAUCCCUCAAACCCUUGGAAAGAAGUGUCUUCUGAUGCGAUAGAUCUAAUAAAUAAUUUAUUACAAGUGAAACAGAGGAAGAGAUAUACGGUUGAUAAAUCCUUACAGCACAUUUGGCUUCAGGAUUAUCAAACAUGGCGGGACCUGCGUUCACUGGAAACGCAAAUAGGUGUACGUUACAUAACACACGAAUCUGAUGAUUCCAGAUGGGAAGUGCACCAUUCCGAGCAUGUCUGAAAAUAUACUUAAUGUGAAUCUCAGUAUACUCAUUUUUUUGCAUGUGCUAAUUUAUGGAAGGAAUCUGUGAUAUUUUUACAGUUUUUAAUUUAGUUCACGUACUAGUAGUAUUAUAUAAGCAUUUAUAUACUUAAUACUUUCAAUGGGAUGUGGUAAUUGUAAGUUUUUAGACACUUUUACGUUAAAUAAAUUAAUGCAAUG